AUGGAUUUAAGAAGUGUAGUUGACAUCAAAAAGCGGUUACCUAUCAAGUUUUCAUAUCGUGGAAACGAAGCAUUGCAAAAAGUAUGCCAUGAAAAAUUAUCAAAUUUUUUCGACAAAAAUGUCGUUUUAUGGAAAAGGAACUCACGACAGUACUCUUUCUUGUAUCAUGCGCAUUUCUUCUUCGAAUUCGUUCCUUUUUCAAAUGAUACCGUAAUUAAUUAUAAGUCGAUUAAAGUAAAAACAUGGGAGGAAGCACCACUGCUGCAUUUCUUUUUCUUGAAUCCAUCCACAGUAGCGGAAUAUCGAAAUGAAUAUAGAAAUGAGAUAAGUGAAUGGUUCGCAACAUUAAGCAAAAUCGAGGGUGCAGAAUGGUUGAUUGUAUUCGAUAGUGUGAAAGCACGAGAACAUAAGAAUCGUGGAGCUCUUAUUGAGCGGAUCAAAAGUGAUUUUGCGAAAUUUACAAAUAGGAUUGUUGAAAUCUAUGAUUCGUCGAAUGUAGCUGCAUUACAGAGCAGCAUGCAGUCACAUUUGCUAAAUUCUCUGGAACAUUAUGUAACGCAUGAGGAGAACAGUUUAGCCAGUCGAAAUGAUCAAUAUUCUGACUCUAAUUUUGAUUUCAUUACGUUUUGCCGAGAUCAAAUGAGUUUAUCUCGUCUUUAUCAAAGUUUGGGCCUCUAUGAGCAAACACUUGCAUUGUUUGAUGAACUUGAUGCUACGCUGUCACUAACUGUUCUUUAUCAUUCGUCAGAAGGACCUGUGCCAAAGUGGUUAGCUUCAUCAAAAUGUUUCACUUCACUGUCAUCCGGUUGUCCACUUUUCGUGGCAGUGUUGAAAUGUGAUGCACCAUGGGAUAAUAUUACGAUUCUUGAAUUACGUUACAUUAUUUUGGCACACCAAAUAUUGAACACAAUACAAAUAUACGUGGGACGCUUGCAACGGGUUUCUACAACUGGUGAUAAUAGUUCACAGAAUUUGAAAACUGAAUUUGCUGUUACAUUGUUGCGUUACUCGCUGCAUUGCUUAAAUGCAAUAUUCGAAAGUAUGGUAGUUUUUAAGAUACCACUAGACUGCGACGAGAUGCAAUGUUGGAUAGUUUCAUUUUGCUUGGAAACAAUGCAGCUGGCAUCAAUGUUGACUGAAAUAACACACAUUAAACGAGCAGCUCAUUUAACUUGUUCCCUCAAAUUGGCUAACUGCCAAGCUAUGUCAAGAUUGAAUGAAAGAUGGAAUUCGGUUGAUUGGAAAAAGAUAGCGAAAUGGUUUGAAGAUGGAAUUAUACGGUGUGGUGCGGAAGCAGUUAAAACGAAUGCUAUCAGUGAAAUAAGACAGCUUCUCUCCGAUAAGCAGCAGUUUACGCAUUACAUGCAGAAAUAUCAUGAAAGUUCCAUAGCCCUCCUAAAACACUUUGGGUGGAGGCGUGAAGCACGUGCUGUUGGUUGGGAAUUGGCAAAAUUUUUGCUAUCAUCGGAUCGUGCAGAGGGAGCUCUUCCGUAUUUGUUGAAUUUUAUUUCCGAUUUGAUUGCAGACGGUUCAACAGCACUGUUGCUUAGAGAUACACUGCUGUUCACUGUAAACCAUUUGGAAAAAUUCCCAGGAAUUCAUUUUAAGGAGCUUGUAGAUUUUUAUUUGAUAUUGAUGAAAUUGGCGAAGACGGAAAAAGAACGGAUCAAAUAUUGUGAUAAAUUAUUGGAGUGGAGUGAGAACCCGAAUAUAACGAAGAUAAGGUUGGACUUAAAUUGUAAACAAUAUAAGACCUUCUCAUUCGGUUGCAAUUCUUCGUUCCCUUUUCUAGUGGCAACACCGAAUGAAACAGUGAAGAUUGAUGCUAAAAUUAUCAGCUAUCUUCCUAAAUCGUUAAAAAACUUUAAAUUGCAUUGCUGUAUGAAACUUUUUGUUCAAAAUGAAUCACAAAAGCGAACUGCUGGACAACGACCGCACUUCGAAUGUAUGCACAACGAAGCAGAUGGUACUAGUCGCUUUGCAUGUAUUUGGAAAGGUAAUGCUGAGAUGCGAAAAGGAUCUCUUCUAGGAUUUAGUAACAACUCAACCGAUGAAUCGGAGAACUGCUUGAUUUUCCAAAGUUCUACCACAGAUAAACUCAAGCCAGGUGAAAAUAUCCUGACCUUGACUGCCAAGACAUCGGAAGAGACUGGAACAUAUAUCUUUGAUUACUUCGAACUGGAGAUUGGUCGUUCAUUGCUCGUGCGUUGUGACUGGCUAGAUGUGCCAGAAAUCGAAGAGGAUUUAGAUCGACUGCCAACGUGUUUCGUCCAUCAUAAACCGGUUUCUGUAAAAUUGAAGCCACCACCAAAUCAUACACUAAUAGCCGGUGUGGCACAACAUGUCGAAUUCGAGAUUUUUUAUGGCACUGGAAGGUCGCUAAGUGAUGAAAAUUCAGUGCUGCAGCUGACUUGUCCUGUUGGGAGCGAUUUGGAAUUUUGGGAUAUAUCCAGAUCGAAAUGGUCUGAAAUCUGUAAUUAUUCGUUGAAUCGUGUACCUCCUGAAAAUAAUAGAACUAUCACUGUUCAUUUGUGUAAAAUUCUUCGGAAUCUUUCAAGCAGUGAAGAAAAUGUAAAAAGUCGAUUAGUGACAUGUGCUGCACAGAUUUUGGUAAAAUGGUUGGAUAAAGAAUGGAGUUUUACGGUUAAUUUUGCAUCAUUUAUGAAUAUUGAUAAUGAUACUUCUCUAUUGGAAGAAAAAGUUCUUUUCGAAUUAGCAAUAUUGCGGAACAUUGAUGAAUGGUUGAUUAUGCCUCAAGAAGCUAUAUUAAGCAGGAUAAGUGACAAAUCACCUGAGAUACCGGCGAAAUUGUUGAAUCCCAAAUUAACGUACAUACAACCAGGAUGUAAAUAUCGUUUAGUUUGGAUUCUACCGUCAAGUAAAGGAAAAACGAAUGAGAUUGAGCAUUAUGAAUUACGGCUUACGUAUCGAGUGAAAUCAUUAAACGGGUAUACUAAUGAGGAAGAAUUAAUUUAUAACCGCGAAUAUACAUUAUUUGAUGAAUUCUCUGUACAAUGCAAAACGCCAAAUUAUGAACUUUGUGCACAAUUGCUUUCAUCACAACCCAGUGCAGUUCUUUGUCGUGUUGGAAAUGCAUGUGAUAUGAUAGUUUCAUUGCGAAGUUUAAUAAACCGAGUUGAAACAGUAGUUGUCAGUGUUGAUGCUGAUCCAUACUUCUGGACUAUCAGUGAGAGGCAUAAAUUAUUACAUGUAAAAGAGAGCGGUCUGGGACAAAUUUCGUUUACGGUAUUUCCAAAAAUGAUUGGGUUCUUGCCGUAUCCGCUUAUAUCUGUAUACGCUUAUCGAUAUAAACGAUCAACUUCUGACGUUUCUCAGUCAUCUACUGAAAGUAUUUAUGAUUUUGGGCCACGAUUAUCUAGCUUUGUACGAACAAAUGGAAAACAAGUGCAUGUACUUGGUGCUUUUGCUGCAUUAACUGACUCGAAAAGUGCUGUCAGCAUGAACACCAGCCGCCUAAAGGAGGCAAAAAGCCGAAUAACGAAACUUUUCGAUUAA